AGAAAGAGAGAGAGGGAGAGAGAGAAGGAGGAAAAAAAGCACUACGCCGGACAAAAGCGUAUGAGAAGACGACCAAGGUCCUCGGAGACUGAGAAGAGCUUUGGCGUCCAGUGACUAGCCUGAGCUCUGUGUGUGUGUGUGUGUGUGUGUGUGCGUGUAGAAUGCGUGUUUACUGCGCGCGUGUUUGUAGGAGGACGUCGGGACAGACGCUUUUCACACGUUUUUACAGUGUCGGAUUUAGAGGAGCGCAGAUUUCAUCCAGGAGGAUCUGAGUUUGUGCAGUGACCUGAAGGAGGGGAAAAAACACAUCGUUCUGUUUUUCUGUCUUUGCAGUUUGUUCUCCAAGAACAGUUUGGACGGAUCAAUAACAAUAAAUAACAGCAACAACAACAAUAAAAAAGAAAGAAAACUUCUGCGGAUUUUUUUGCGACGCUCCCAUUUGGCAAUGCUGUUCUCUAUAAAGGAUCAGUAACUUUUUCCCUGUUUUUUUUUUUUGUACAUCUGCUUAUUUAUUUUUGCUCCUUUUUGCCCACUUCUGGAAUUUGGAAUAGUGAACUUUUAAGGGGAAAAGUCUGGAAAGAAGAAAAGGAAGAAGAAUUCGCUGGUUUUCACUCGUUCAUGCGGAUUAAGAAGCUCAGCGCUCAGGGCCGCAGGAGUUACUGGAUCCUUCCAGCGAGUUUCAGUUCAUGAGCUGCCGUCUGCAGUUCAUGGUCGGGUGGAGGCCCUCAGAUGGGAUCAGUGUCCAGGGGGAGGUGGAGGAAAGGGGGAUGGGGAGGUGUGUCCGUCACUGACGCCAUGUCCACCUGGCCAUGGCUUACGGUUGUGCUUCUGCUGGUGAGCCUGGCAGCGAGUGUCCGAGCACGGCCGCCCAUCGUGCCCAGCGAAGAGGAGGAGGCUGCUGUUGCUGAUGAGCCUUCCAUCAAUUCCAAGAGCUCAAAGGCCACCGUGUGCUCGGUGCACCCAGGAGACAUUGUGAAGCUGAACUGCCCGCUGCCCGAGGCAGCUGCCAUCGUGUGGACCAAAGACGGCACCUCGCUUAUUCCGGACAACCGUACGCUCAUUGAACGCGAGCAGCUGCACAUCCGCCAUGCUGCACCGACCGACUCGGGCCUGUACGCAUGCCAGGCUACUGGCGCUAAGGCCACUGAUGCGGUUUGCUUCAUUGUUAAUGUCACAGAUACCAUCUCAUCCGGUGACGAUCAGGACGACGCUGAGCGAUCGGAUGAUGUCGGGGCAGACACCGAACAGAUGCGGCCUCCACACUGGACGUCACCAGAAAAAAUGGAGAAAAAGCUCCAUGCAGUACCAGCAGCCAACACGGUGAAGUUCCGAUGUGCAGCGGGGGGAAAUCCAAUGCCGAUGCUACACUGGCUGAAAAAUGGCAGACCGUUCCGGCCAGAGGACCGCAUGGGUGGCUAUAGGGUCCGACACCAGCACUGGACUUUGAUCAUGGAGAGUGUGGUUCCUUCUGACAAAGGCAACUACACCUGUGUUGUGGAGAACAAAUAUGGCUCGAUAAACCACACCUACACCCUAGACGUAGUUGAACGUUCUCCACACCGGCCCAUUCUCCAGGCAGGUCUGCCAGCCAACGUCACGGUGCAUGUGGGAGAGGAUGCUCGCUUUGUGUGUAAGGUGUACAGCGAUGCCCAGCCUCACAUCCAGUGGCUACAUCACAUCACGAAGAACGGCAGUCGCUACGCUCCCAAUGGAGACCCUUAUGUCCGUGUCCUCAAGACGGCAGGUGUAAACACCACGGAUAAAGAAAUUGAGGUCCUCUUCCUGCCCAACGUUACUUUCAAGGAAGCUGGUGAAUAUACGUGUUUGGCGGGUAACUCUAUUGGGAUCUCCUAUCACUCUGCUUGGUUGACGGUUCUUCCAGCUGAGACAGACAUCUCAGAGCCUGAUUAUCCUCCGGACUACGUAGAGAUCGCCAUCUACUGCAUCGGAGUGUUCCUCAUCGCCUGCAUGGUGGUCAUCGUAGUCGUCUGCAGAAUGCGGACGUCAAUCAAGAAGCCUGAUUUCGGAGGCCAACCCGCCGUCCACAAGCUGACCAAACAGAUCCCACUGCGCCGCCAGGUAACAGUUUCAGCCGACUCGAGCUCUUCCAUGAGCUCCAGUACGCCGCUGGUCAGGAUCACGACGCGCAGAAGCUCUGAGCACGAGCACAUGAUCCCUGAGUAUGAGCUUCCCGAAGAUCCUCGCUGGGAAUUCUCCAGAGACAAGCUGACGCUGGGUAAGCCACUAGGCGAAGGCUGUUUCGGCCAGGUGGUGAUGGCCGAAGCGCUGGGCAUCGAUAAGGACAAACCUAAAGAAGCCGUUACCGUAGCAGUCAAGAUGUUGAAAGACGACGCGACGGAAAAGGACCUCUCGGACCUGGUGUCAGAGAUGGAGAUGAUGAAGAUGAUUGGCCGGCACAAAAACAUCAUCAACUUGCUGGGAGCGUGCACACAGGACGGUCCACUUUAUGUGAUAGUGGAGUACGCAUCCAAAGGGAACCUGAGGGAGUACCUGAGGGCCAGGCGACCACCAGGGAUGGAGUACUCGUACGACAUCGCGCGCGUUUCUGAAGAGCCCCUCACCUUUAAAGAUCUGGUUUCGUGCACUUAUCAAGUGGCCCGCGGCAUGGAGUAUUUAGCCUCUCAGAAGUGUAUACACAGAGACCUCGCUGCCAGAAACGUGUUGGUCACAGAGAGCAACGUGAUGAAGAUCGCAGACUUCGGCUUGGCCAGGGACGUCCACAACAUCGAUUACUAUAAAAAGACCACCAACGGUCGCUUGCCGGUGAAGUGGAUGGCUCCCGAGGCGCUUUUCGACCGCGUAUACACACACCAGAGCGACGUAUGGUCGUUCGGCGUGCUCAUGUGGGAGAUCUUCACAUUGGGGGGCUCACCGUACCCCGGAAUUCCUGUGGAAGAGCUCUUCAAACUCCUAAAGGAGGGACACCGUAUGGACAAACCAGCCAACUGCACCAACGACCUGUAUAUGAUGAUGAAAGACUGUUGGCACGCAAUCUCUUCACAGAGGCCUACAUUCAAGCAGCUGGUGGAGGAUUUGGACCGUAUUCUCACGCUGGCAAGCCAAGAGGAAUACAUUGACCUGUGCGCUCCGACUGAGCAGUACUCGCCGUGUUUCCCGGACACUCGCAGCUCCUGCUCGUCUGGAGACGACUCGGUGUUCUCUCACGAGCCCUUACCGGACGAGCCGUGCCUUCCCAAAUACCAGCACAUCAACGGUGGCAUAAAAACAUGAGGCUCCUCGAAGCACAUGCUAAUAGCAGUGGAAGAUGUGUGACUCCUCAAACUUGUCUUCCUCUAGGGUUUUUUUUUGGCCUCGUUUCCCUCCCUCACUGCUCCUGCUGGACUUACGGAGCAUGGGAUGGGAUGCAGGGAUUCCCGGCAAUGCUGCUGUCAUUUAAGAUGAACUAGUACGAGUGUGAUGGUACACAAAAUGUACACACACACACACACACACACACACACACACACACACACACAAACACACAAACGUUACCAAGCUCUUAAAUAGGGAUUGUGGACCCAAUAUAUAUAUUUUUUUUAUUUGACUGAAAGACUGAAAGGUUAUUUCCAAGGGUCCUCUCUCUCUCUCUCUCUCUCUCUCUCUCUCUCUCUCUCUGUCUCUCUCUCUCUCUCUCAGUUCCUUUUGUUUGGUUUUUACUUUUAUUUUGCUUUGUGUUCUCGACGUUCUUCAGCGUUCUGGCCAGUGAUUCCACGGUGCAGCUUUGCAUUCCAAGGACUCUUCAUUACUGAGAAAAGGACCACACAAAAUAAUAACGAGCAAGAGGCUAAAAGGGAGAAAAACAGGAAACUUGUUAAAAAGGAAAUCUCCAGCUAGCACAUAAAAGGACAUCAAAUCAGCUACACUGCUUUUUACUAUUUUUAAAAGAAUUUUUUUUGUUCACAUUCCGUUUUUUAUAUUGAUAACACAGUUAUCAAAUGAAAGCCCAUGCAGUUAUUCUUAAAGGAUAAAAAAAUACAUGGUAUAUAGUUUUGGGUAUAUUUUGUAAAUAUAUUAAAAUAUGUAAGAUAUAUAAAUUUAUAUAUAAAUAUUAUAUUUACAAUGAAUUAUUUUUUGUAUGGACUCCUAAAUAAUUUCUUUUUGUUGUUUACUUUCUUCGAGUGAACAAAUGUCCUGGCAAUGAUUUUUUUUUUUUUUGAACAUUGUAUUUUUGUUUUUUUAUUCUACAACAUUCCCAGAAAUAUGUUCACUCACACACAAACACACACAAAACCUACAAAGAAACCUGUCUUAACUUCACUUGCUGACAAAGCAUUGGCUUUCAGGGAAAGACUUAAAGAGCACGUUAAUUUAUUGACUAAUUGUUUAAAAAAUAAAAAAUAAAUAAAUCAGUACAAUAAUGAAAAGAUGAAUUAAGUACAUUAGUAAAAAUUAUACAUAAUGAAUUUUGUUUAACUUAAAAGAGAUGUUUCGUUGACGUGAUGGUACAAAGAAUAUUUUUUGUAGUGGGUACUCAGCACAUUCAUGCUUCCAAUGUUUUUAUAUACACAAAUGUGAAUAUUAAGUUAAAUAUAAAAUAACGUACAUUUUUAUAGCCAGCUAAUCCCUUGUUUUUGUAGAGGAUCUUGUUUUAACCAGCUAAUUUUACUCCAUGCCAACGUUUUGCAUUUGAAUGUUUCAGUAUAAAUUCAGAUUUUAUUAUUUUUUUUUAAAUGGGAUCAAGAAUUAUUUUUGCAGAAACACCCGUUAGCCUUAUGUUCAUUGAUUAGAGGUACAAGAUAGUUUCCAGAAUCCUUCACCCACGCAUACACAAAUAUCCACAGGCAAAAGUAUUACAAUUUGUGCAAGUGUUCAUUUUCAUUAUCUACCUGACAGAUGAGAUGAUAUUGUUCUCAACAAGUGUUCCUGAUAGAUUUGCAAAAUUAAAGAUGAAAAAAUGAAAA